GCCCUCACAUCCCCACAGUCACCAUGUUGCCCUGGCAGGACCUGAGCAAUUUCUACGCGCAGUACAAAUCCAUUGAGCCCUACCUGAAGAAGAAGGGCGGCGCAAAGGAGGGCCAGCAGCAGUACCUGCAGUCCAUCGAGGAGCGCCAGAAACUGGACGGGCUGUACGAGUGCAUCCUGUGUGCCUGCUGCAGCACCAGCUGUCCCAGUUACUGGUGGAAUGGGGACAAGUACCUGGGCCCCGCCGUGCUCAUGCAGGCGUACCGCUGGAUGAUCGACUCGCGCGAUGACUUCACAGAGGAGCGGCUGGCGCAGCUGCAGGACCCCUUCUCRCUGUACCGCUGCCACACCAUCAUGAACUGCACCCGCACCUGCCCCAAGGUAUGGCCCGACCCCAAAAACAGCAUGGAAUGGUCUGGGAGGGACAGGGCAUGGGGCACUGCCACCCCUGCUACUGUCAGGGACACCCAGCACUGCCACCCAUGGCUUGGGUCCCUCCCAACCUUACAAGGAAGCACAGUGUCAGCUCAAUUCCAGGUUUUGGGGGAGAAAAAGGAGCAGCAGCAGCAGAUUUGGGAGUUCACUACAGCUUUAGUCCAUCCUGUAAGGAUGGGAGGGCACCAGCAGCUCAAUUCCAUUCCCGUCCUGGUCCCAUCCCAGUGUCCCGGAGUUCUCGUUCCCGGUGCCAGCCCCCUCCCGGUGUUGCAGGACCCCUUCGGGCAGUGCUUCACCACCAAGGUGCUCUCGGAGCCGCUGGGCGAGGCCAGCAGCCUGGAGCUGCAGCCCGGCGGGGCCCGGCCCGAGGAUCGGCGCAGCAGCAUCGCUGUGGGGGUGGCGGAGGACGAGGAGAGCCAGGACACGGCRCGGCUGCACCACACGGACGAGGUGAUCGAGGGGAGGAGGAUCUAUGGCCCCAACCUCAUCGAGGUUCCCGUCAAGUCCUACGGCCGGCUCCUG